UGACGACAAGGCUUGCGCACAAUAUUAAGACGCGUUUCGGGACGUCUCAACGUGUUUCUUGCAUGUUUCGUACACCGCUCAAUGGAGACUUGAAACUAUUCAGUUUCAGCUGAACUUGUGGCACGACACAGACAGCCAUCGCAAUCACUCCCGAGCGACCCCGCACGCUGACUCUUCCGAGAACCUCCGCUGACCUCUCGGAAAUCUCUUUGAAUUCUUGCUCUCCGAUUUUCGACCAUUCGAGUCUCGUCCUUUUGAACGUCGGCUAGACCUGCUCGUCUCACAAGCACCAGCCUCGUCACUCAAUGCUUCGUCGGCACACGCUUGGUCUCACGACCUUCAAGGAUGUGUCUCGACCUUUGACUCGGAACUUUAGCGCAUCUGUCGCUAGGAACAAGCAAAACCUUGUGAUUCUUGGGUCCGGGUGGGGCGGAUACGAAGUCUUGCGCAAGGUCGACAAGAAACGAUGGAAUGUCACCCUGAUCUCUCCGACUAACUACUUCAACUUCACGCCGCUCCUCGCGAGUUGUUCGGUAGGGACCUUGGAGUUCCGAUGUGCCAUUGAACCUGUCCGACGAUACUCGCCAUCUGCGAGGAUAUAUGAAGCAUGGUGCGACAAGGUGGACUUCAAACGGAAGACCGUUCAAUGCAUGCCCGCCACGCCUCCGCUUGCCUUCGAGCACAAGUCAGCUCCGAAAGCAGAUCCUACCCUCACAACUUACCCCGGCACCGGAACACCGUUCGACAUCAAAUACGAUAGAUUGGUCAUUGCAGUAGGAUGCUAUAGUCAAACGUUCGGCAUCCCCGGUGUGAAGGAGCACGCACACUUCCUCAAAGACGUUAAAGAUGCGAGAAUGAUUCGAACCAGAAUCCUCGAAUGUUUCGAACAAGCAAACCAACCCAUUCUCACCGAUGUCCAGCGCAGGAAUUUGCUACAUUUCGCCAUCGUCGGUGGUGGUCCGACAGGUGUUGAAUUCGCUGCCGAACUGCAUGACUUAUUGCACACGGAUAUCGCGAAGCACUAUCCAAACCUCGCUCGAUUUGCGAAGAUUUCGCUCUAUGACGUAGCCCCUAAUAUCCUUGGUAGUUUCGACAGUGGAUUGGCCGAAUACGCGGAGAAGAAGUUCAAAAGAGAUGGUAUCACGCUCAUGACAAGCCAUCAUGUGGAACGUGUCGAGUCUGGAAGAAUGUUCAUCAAGGAGAAGGGAGAAGUCCCAUUCGGUCUCCUUGUCUGGUCGACUGGACUUGCUCCGAACCCUCUCAUCGAGACAAUCAGUCCGGAGGAAUACAAAAAGCACCCAAAGACUGGAAGCUUAUUCACCGACGAUAACCUGAAUAUUCUUCGUGCGGACGGAACGCCUGACCCCGAUGUCUGGGGCAUUGGAGAUGCAGCAAUGAUAGAAGGAGUCGCGCUACCUGCUACUGCACAGGUGGCGAACCAGAAGGCCAUGUACCUCCACAAGAAGCUCAACACUAUCGUUAAAGACAAGGAGCACAUCACGCCUUUCGAGUUCCACAAUAAGGGCACCUUGGCGUACUUGGGCGACUGGAAAGCUAUCUACGAUCGUAGCCACGCAGAGAGCGGGCCACAGACCAAGGAGACGGGCAGAAUCGCUUGGCUAUUGUGGCGCUCAGCAUACUUCACCAUGACCGUCAGUCUUCGAAACAAGAUACUGAUCCCGAUCUAUUGGUUCUUGAACUGGAUAUUCGGACGCGAUCUGACGAGGUUCUGAAGUGUAGAAGUGCGACUGUGACGGACGAGGAGGUCAGCAGAAACAGGAGGAGCGUAUGUCGACGGAGACGGCUAUAGAUUUAUAUUUAUUUUGAAAGUAUUCGUUCAACGAGACUGACUUCUACAUUACCAUGGCCAACCAAAUAAGUCAUCAC